UAUGCGCACAAAAGUCGAUAUUACAAUUCGCAGAAAAGAAAAGGAGGAGGAAGGAGGCGGAAGUGGUUUGCUAAUGUUUACCUUUGUAUAAAGAUUUUGUCACGUUCGCUCGCUUAUUUAUUCAGGGCUCUCAGAGGUGUAGGCAUGGAGAUGCCCUGCUACCUGUCCAAACUGCUCUUUGAGCUCAAUGAGCAGCGAAAGCGGGACUUCUUCUGUGACUGCAGCAUCCUUGUCGAAGGCCGUGUGUUCAAAGCCCAUCGGAAUGUGUUAUUUGCUGGGAGCGGGUAUUUCCGAGCUCUCCUCGUCCACUAUCUACAGGAUAACGGACAGCGCUGCAGCACAGCAUCGUUGGACAUUGUGACGGCCGAUGCCUUCUCUAUUAUCUUGGACUUCCUUUAUUCCGGCCGCUUGGCCCUGAACAGAGGUAAUGUCAUAGAGGUGAUGUCGGCAGCCAGCUACCUGCAGAUGACUGAUUUGGUAAACUUCUGUAAGGGAUACAUCCGCUCCUCUUUGGAAAUAUGCAACAAGGAGGAGAGGAACACAGAGACGGAGAGCGAGGCACAGGAUAGAGGGCUGGGCCCUGCAGACAGCGGAACUCCUGCUGCGACUCUCUCCAGCGGCACAAAGGCCUCAGAGCCUCAUUCACAGGUGGCAGAGGCGGAUAGAGGGUCGGGUUUAUGCCCGGAGUCUGUGACCUCGGCCAGAACUCCUUCGUCUAACCCUGUUACUACAACACCAAGCACUAGCCGAGACAUGGACAGCGGCUGCCAUUCAAGGGAAGAAUUUGGAUCUGGGAAUGAAGGACAGAAGGGACACAUGGAUCAGGUUAACCUCUCAUCCUCUUCAUCUUUAACUCCAGAGUUAGUAAACCCCAAGAUAGAGUAUGACCCAGAUGAGGAACUUAUGGAGUCCCCUGACACCAAAGACCUGACCUUAUAUCCUGGGCCCUCUCUUCAUAACCCUCAUCAUAGCAGACUACUUCCUCCAAGUCCAUCUCCCUCCACUGAGCGCUCUCCCUUGGGAUACAGCCCUUCCUUUAAUGCCAGGCAGCUGAUGGAGAUGUUAGCUAGAAGUGAGGGCCCCAGUCCUGUGGGGGACAGAGCGGGGCAGCGCUUUAACCAAGGAAUAGGUAGCAGCACAGGAGGAGGCCGAAUGGAUGAAGGUCUAGGCUUUGUUGGAUCAUCUAUCAUGGAGAUCCAGGCUGAUUGGCUUGGAGAGGACGCAGGUGAUGGUUUGGUAGUGCCAGUGAAACUCCACAAGUGCCCAUUCUGCCCAUACACUGCCAAACAGAAGGGAAUCAUGAAGAGGCACAUCCGUUGCCACACAGGAGAGAGGCCCUUUCCCUGCCCCAUGUGUGGCAAAAGGUUUACAAGACAGGAGCACCUUCGCAGCCAUGCCCACAGUGUCCACAGGCACUACUGGCCAGUGUCAUGUAAGAGCUGCAGGCGAACCUUCACUGGAUCCAGCGUUUCACCAGGACUCAGACGCUUCGGCAUUUGUGACAGCUGCAACUGCGUGACCACCACUCAUGAUGACUCCGCCCCUGUUCACCCCACCAGCCAGCCGGAGCCCAUGGAACGUGCAGACGGGAGUACGGAUUGGUCCAGCUUUAUGGACGAUGUGGAUGAGGUGGAGGUUGGCAGAGUGGAGGACUUGGUUGAGAAACAGAUGCUGGAAAGGCAGCUGGCUGUAUGCCCUGAUGUAGGUCACACACUGUGAAUUUUUAGCCCACCGUACUUGGAGAGGAAAACUAGUUCUUUGAACCAUUUUACUGUUCAAAUUAAUCCUUGCCAUACUGUUACUGAUGUUAAAUUAUUACUGUAAGAUUAACUUAUCCACUGACUCAUUUACAACUACAAAUUGUGUCUGUCUGACUGUGAGGAAUAUUAUCUUUAAUUGAUUUGCCUGGCAGCAAAUAUUUCUAUUUAGUGGAUUUCUUUUUAUCAUGAAUGUGAUUUUUACUCUCCUGCAUAUAUAUUUGCACGGCUGACCAAGUCCAAAUUUCUCUAUAUGUGCUGUACAUAAAGAGAAUGCGGCUGUCAAAUUUGUAUUUCACACAGAUCUUUCCUAGCUUUACGGAGGUUAUAACGGGGCCACUGUACGUGUUGUCACAAUAAAUGUGUUGUGUAUUUAUGUGCUA